AUGCCCAUGAAUUUCCCCCGCCGCCGCAAGUGGAUCAUCAUCUGGUUCCUGGCCGGUAUCACCUUCAUGACCCCCUUUGCCUCGUCCAUCCUCGCGCCCGCCAUCGAGUACCUCAACGAGGACUACGGCAACGCCGACCUCACCCUCGGAACGCUGCCCGUGAGCAUCUACCUCCUGGGCUACGCCGUCGGCCCCCUGAUCCUCGCGCCCCUCUCCGAAAUGUACGGCCGCCGCCCCGUCCUCACGGCAGCAAACUUCUUCUUCUGCGCCUGGCUCAUAGGCUGCGCCCUCGCGCCCACGCUCAACUCGCUCAUCGUGUUUCGCUUCCUCACGGGCAUGGGCGGCUCCGGCUGUCUCGCCAUCGGCGGCGGCGUCAUCGCAGACAUGAUCCCCAUCGCCGAGCGCGGCACCGCAAUCUCCAUCUGGAUGGUUGGACCCCUCAUCGGCCCGACAAUCGCUCCCAUCGUCGGCGCCUUCGUCGCCCAGGACGUCGGCUGGCGCUGGUGCUCGUGGAUCGCCUUCAUCGCCGCCACGCCCAUGGCCCUCGUCAUCGCCGUCUUCAACCAGGAGACCAACCCCCGCGUCCUCAUCGACCGCAAGGUCGCCCGCCUCCGGAAAGAACUGAACCGCCCCGAGCUCCGUAGCGUCUACGACGACACCGCCCCUGGUACCGCGCCGAAAUCCACGUCGCAGGUCCUCCUCCGCGGCCUCGUCCGCCCAAUCAAGAUGCUCUUCCUCUCCCCCAUCCUCUUCAGCGUGAGCCUCUACUGCGCCUUCGCCUACGGCGUCCUCUACCUCCUCUUCAGCACCAUCCCUCUCGUCUUCUCCUCCACCUACGGCUUCUCCGUCGGCACCACGGGGCUCGUCUACAUCCCCCUCGGCCUAGGCUACCUCAUCGGCAUGGCCUGCUUCACCCUCCUCUCAGACCGCACCGUCGUCCGCAUGACAAAGGCCAACAACGGCGUCUACGAGCCCGAGAUGCGCUUGCCGGACUGCAUCUACUUCGCCGCCCUCCUCCCCGUGACCUUUUUCUGGUACGGUUGGACCGCCCAGUUCCACACCCACUGGGCAGCCCCCGUCGUCGGCCUGCUGCCGUUCGGCAUCGCCAUCCUCGGCAUCUGGCAGCCCAUCCAGGCCUACGUCAUUGACGCUUACCCGGCCUACGCCGCCUCCGGCAUGGCGGCCUUUACCGUCUUCCGCAGCGUCGUCGCCGCCUUUUUGCCCAUGGCGGGCCCGUCCAUGUACGACGCCCUCGGCCUCGGGUGGGGCAACAGUCUGCUGGGUUUCAUUGCCGUUGCGCUCAUCCCCGUGCCGGCGCUGAUUUAUCGGUACGGGGGCCGUUUGCGCAAGUGGCAAAAACUGGAACUUUGA